UUAUCUUCGUCCCUGUCCUUGUUUAAUAGGUGCACAGUUGAUGAUUUUUUUUUUAUACGGAAAAGAACAUUAACUCAUGCUGAUCUGCUUCCUUUGCGAGGAUGUGGAGCCACCUACCAAACACGAGGAAAAUGAAAAACAACAUGCAAGCAGCUCAAAUCCGAGACAGAAAGGGUAAAAUUACUAGCCUUCUCUCACUGCAUGUCUCAUAUAAGCUUCACCCGGCAUGUGUAAAAUCUGUGCAUCUUGUUAGGGUGCAAAGGUCGACGAUCUGGAAGCGGAACACUAACAAUGAAAAGGAACACCAGCUACAAUGUAGAUCCAGUGCCUGCAAAGCCCUGUUGGGAAGGGUUCUGGUGGCACAUAAACUUGGGGAGGAAAAGAUUGUGGGGAAAUUGUUUCACGAUCAGCAGGUGGUGGUUCCUCCCUUGGGCAUAACUGGCUGGCAGAUUGCUCUUCCGUUUCUGCACCAAUUUCCUCUUGAUCAUCAAAGCUUUUCCCACAGUUUAUUAAUGGUUGAAUCUGAAAUUCUUGAUUAG